GUUGAAUCUGAAGUAAUAGAGACCAUAUGGUUAGUAUUAGUAGGUUCUUCCCUCCUCCAAUCCACCCUUUGAAAAAAGCAAACUACUUUCCCUCACAACAAUUUGUUGCAGCUUUUCCCUCCCUACAAAAAUGAGAAAAGACCAACAAAACCAGCAUCCUCUACUCAUUACUAAUCCUUCUCAACAAAAUCAGGGAAAAGAAGAAGAGAAUCAUCAUCAUCAUCAUCAAUUGGAAGUUGAAGCAGAGGAUUCUCAACUCCCAGAGUCACCAUUGCCUCUCACUGUUACUUCCAGGGUAUUGUAUAUGUUGGGAGAUAUAGCAGCAGGGCCUGCGUACAAGUUCACGCAAUGGCUUCAAUUGGUUCGUAAACGCACUUCCAAGUUUGGACCUUCUGGCUUCCCUAACCGCCUUUCCACCAUGCCUUCUUCUAGCCCUGGUGAGGCUAUUGAAGAUGCAACGAGCGAUCAGCCUCCAAAACAAACUGAGGUUAACUUGUGGGAGAGGCUCGGUAAAGCCGAAAUGUUGGACAUUGAAUCAAGCAUGUUUUCUUGGGACAGGCUCACUUCGCUUCACCACACUGAACACAGCAGCAUCAAUGAGAAUUCCGAGGAUGAAAUGAACAAAGCUCUUGAGGUAACUGUAAAUUCUGGAGGGGUUGUCUUCUUUGCUUUUUUCAAUGGCCUUGGGGGCGAUGGUGCUUUUCCGAAAGAAGCAGCGGCCGUUAUAAAAAUAUCAUCAUCAAGAUUGGCAACACAAUCAGAACGCCUUGGUUAUGAAUUCGCUAGGUGGUUGGGAGUUCGAACUCCACAGGCUAGAGUGAUUCACAAUACUAGUUCUGAGUGGCUCCAAAUAAAGGAAGCUACAGAAAAAGCUAGAGAUGCAGCAAGUUAUAAGGGUGAUGAAAGUGGCGAGAUGACUUGCUCAGAACUUUUGGAAGCACUUGAACUCGGCCGAUGUCUCUAUUUUAUGAGUUAUGUACAUGGUUCACCUUUGCUUGAAAGUCCCUAUGCAUUUGAAUAUCGGGAAACUGUAGAAAGAACAUCAGCAGCCCUUGGCAGGGUACUGAUGUUGGACCUUGUCAUUAGAAAUGAAGAUAGGCUCCCUUGCCGCCAACUUAGGUGGCGAGGGAACUCCGCAAAUUUGUUGUUUGCUGAAAAGUUAAUCUCAGCAAAUACAGACACACUAGGAGAAGCUUUAGAUUCUGCAAUGAACCAUUACGGACCAAGGGUGGUUCGAGCACUUCAAAGUGAAAGGAGGUCAGUUUCAAUGGAUUCCAAAUCAAGUUCUCGGAAUCCUACAUUGUUAUCACAACGCUCAGAUGUUUCGGAUAUAGUGGAAUCAGCAAUAUCUACUAGGAUGAGUCUUAAUGGUCAAACAUCAGGAGAAUCACCUUGUACUAACUUUAAUGUUGUGGCUAUUGAUUCUGGUGUUCCUCGCCGGCCCCCUACUGGAAAACGUGCAGAUGAUCAGACUAAUUAUCCCAAGUUGGUUGAGUUGCUACUUAACAGUUCUGAGUUUUCCUCGAACCUGCUAUAUGAUAUAACCGGAGGCAAAUUAGGAUGUCCUGCACCAGAAGACAUAAAUCCGGCAACUGAUGUACCUGCAACUGCUAGUGACAUAACAGUAGUUCAUGAGUUUCGUUGUAGUUUUCGCGCUGCUCUUAGGGAUCUGCAGGGGUUCUAUAUAUUCCUACUGACACUUCACCAGAAACUUGAUAACAUGUUAAGAUCCCUUAUGAAUAUUAUAAGCAAAAUUUCGUCUCUGGAAUCUGAAAAAGAUGAUUUUUCUUCACCCAUUGCUGCUGGUAGCAGUCCCUCUCCAACAGGUAGAGAGAGGUCUCCUCAUGAUAACCAUCAUGAUUGUUGUGACUCCGGGUCUGCAUCAAGAGAAGGUUGUCAUGGAAAACACUCAAAAGGAAGCGCGGAAUCACAUAGUGGUCUUCGCUUAACAGCUAAGCUUCGGGACUUCAAUAAAUUUGCAAAGGUUGAUGCCGAAUCUAGUAAAGAACUGGAACAGUGGAAUGAAAUGCUUAAAAAUGAUGUCAUCAAGUUAUGCCAAGACAACAAUUUCAAUACAGGUUUUUUCGAAGGUAGUGACGACAACUUUGUCAUUGAUGCAUAUGAACUGAAGAUAAGACUUGAGCAUAUCCUUGAGAGGAUUGUGUUGAUAUCUGAGGCUGCGAAUACAGAGAAACCUUCCGCCGUUACAAAUACUCUCUAUGUUGGUGGAGCACUGGCUGCAAGAUCUAUAUACACGUUACAACGCUUGGGAAUCACACAUAUAUUGUGUUUGUGUACUAACGAAAUUGGACAGGCCGAUUCUCAGUUUCCUGAUCUAUUUACAUAUAAAAAUUUCUCUGUGAGUGACAAUGAAGAUUGUAACAUCAGCAGGAUAUUUGAAGAAGCUUGUGAUUUUAUAGAUUAUGUUGAGCAGAUUGGUCAAAGAGUUUUAGUUCAUUGUUUUGAGGGGAGAAGCAGAAGUGUUACUCUCGUUCUUGCUUACUUAAUGCUCAGAAAGAAGUUCACUCUCUUAGAAGCAUGGAACACACUGAAGCGAGUACACCGCCGAGCACAGCCAAACGACGGUUUUGCGAAGAUCUUACAGGAACUGGAUAAAAAGCUGCAUGGAAAGGUAUCUAUGGAGUGGCAACAACGAAAACCAACAAUGAAAGUUUGCCCCAUCUGCGGCAAGAAUGCUGGAUUAAGCAGCAGCUCACUUAAGCUCCAUCUCCAGAAGUUGCAUAAAAAGCUGUCGUCCGGGAGUGUAGAUAGUGCCAUGACAAUGGAAAUACAGAAGGCACUGACGGCUUUGAAGGUUAGCCGCGGCGGCAGUGUUAGCCCGACACAGAGGCAGUCUCAGUCAAUGAUAGAUGAAUAGAUUACUCUAGCAAGACAUGAAGAAAGGUUACUUAACUCUGUUGGCUUUUCAUUGUAUUUUCUCUAUUUUUCUUUAUGCAAAGUGUAAAGUAGAAGAAGGGGCUUGUUAAUUAUGUGGUUAUAGUUCAAUUCUUUUGUUACUUUAUUAAAUAUAAAAGAAAAAUUGGUUCCUGAAAACAUGAACUUGUCAUAUGGUAUCAUGCCAUCAGGAAUGAGUAUUGAUUAUUAUUUUAUUUCA